AUUCGUUGGUGGAGGCCGCGAACGGACCGAGUGGUUGGUGUGUUUCCCUAACCGAUAUACACAACGUGUGGCGGGCAACGGCUCCUCCUACCACAACUCUGUUAAAUCCCAGUUACCAAAACCCUCCAAAAAUUAAAUCACAAAUCCCCAAAAUUCCAAAACUAAAACCCCCAGAAAUUAUAUAAGCGAACGGAUUAUUACCCAGAAAAAAUAAUUUAAUUUCACAGCGGUCCACUCUCUCAUCAGUCUCAGAGGCCAUGACUCUGCAACUCCAAGCUCCGUCGUUCGCCGCCAGCCUUUCGUCCUUCGUCUCUCCUCUCAACCGCUCCACGCGCCGCCCUGUAAUCCGAGCUAAAGCGGAGCCGUCAGAUAAGUCUGUUGAAAUCAUGAGGAAGUUCUCCGAGCAGUAUGCUCGCAAGUCCGGAACAUAUUUCUGCGUCGAUAAGGGAGUUACUUCUGUUGUUAUCAAGGGGUUGGCAGACCAUAAAGAUUCGUUGGGCGCACCACUCUGCCCUUGUCGGCAUUAUGAUGAUAAACCUGCCGAGGCAGGCCAAGGCUUUUGGAACUGCCCGUGUGUUCCCAUGAGAGAGAGGAAGGAAUGCCACUGCAUGCUCUUUCUCACUCCUGACAAUGAUUUUGCCGGACCGGAACAGGCCAUCUCCUUGGAAGAGAUCAGAGAAUCGACGGCAAACAUGUAACAAGCUUUUUGUGUGUAUUGCAAAUUAUGUGUAAACAAUCCACUUCUGUAUUUGUUAAAAAAAAAAAAAAAAAAAAAAAAAAAAAAAAAAAAGGAGCUCAUCUUUUGAAUAUAAUUUUUCGAGGGAAAUAAUUUCCGCACUCUUUUUCGCCUUCUUGAUGAUCUUUUGUAUUAUUCAAUCAAAAUUAGCCCUCUAAAGGUUCAAUGUGAACUCGGAAUACUGGUUGUAGAAUUAUGCUCCAGCCCCUAUACUUUCCUUUUUUCUGGGAUAUAUACUGGUUGUAGAAUUAUGCUCCAGCCCCUAUACUUUGCCAUAUUCUCAUGAACCCCAACAUUCUUUUCUUGUAAUAUAACUUUGCCUUAUCCUCAAAACCAAAUGAAAUUUUGCCACGUAGCUUUUGUGCUUCAAA